CUGCGCUGCGUCAACGAGCGCAGCAUUAUAAAUGGCCAUACUCGCACUUGUUGGCCACUCAUUCGCGCCACUCCAAGCAUACCGCAAAAAACUCGAGCGCGAUUCCAACUCCAUAUUCAAAUAAAGAUCACACGACGCAAACGUGUGAGUGGAAAUAUAAUUGUAAAAAGCAUUAACUUAAACAUUUGCAAAAAAAAUAGUUACGGUUUUUUUUUGAACACGUUGCGUAUACUCUAAAGCAAAGCUUUAGCAGAAGUUUCUUCAUUUCGGACAAGGCAAAUCGGUAACACACAUACGUCAUGGUAUCCAAGACAUUGCUGUUGCUAGUGGCCAUUGCUGCGGCCCGAUUUGGUUGCCCGACGACGCGCACAUCGCUCGCAUUGGCCUGCGAUGAGUCCACGCCAGCGCUUCAGAACAAUAGAUACAGCAGCUACUAUAGCAAGAGCCGCAAUAGCAACAACAACAAUGAUUAUAGCUACAACAACAUUGAUGGCAUGGUAGAUAGGAGCGAGAACAACGCUGAUGGCAACAAUGACAACUAUAACUACAACAAAGCGUCGGCCAAAUGGCUACCGUCGCAGCAAAAACUAUACGGAAAUUCCCAGGAGCAACAACAGCAGCAACAACAACAACUACAACAGCAGCAGCAGCAACACCAACGCCAACAGCAGCAACAGCAAUUUGUUGAUGAUCCUGAGGCAGCUCGCAAUGACUUCCUUUUGCAAUUGUCUGACUUAAAUGCGGCUGUGCAAGGUGUAGGCAUGUUUGCUGCCACACAUAGCAGUAACAGAAAGAACGACAACAGCAACAGCGACAAUAGCAACAAGAGCAACAACAAUGGCAACGACAACAAUGUGUGGCAAGCUGAUGCUGAAUACGAAACAGAAGAGGAGCAAUUGCCGCUGGAUCGUCGUAGUCGUAGUAACAGCUACAUGUCCAGGAAUUCAGGACAGCCGGAGCAGUACGGCAAUGACGAUCCGACAACAGAAAGUGACAUAGAUGUUGAGGGCGAGGAGGACUAUGCCGUAUCAUCCAACAAUGAUGCCGACGAGCUAAGCGAUCAACUGCCUUAUGGUAUACAAAAUGUGCGCAAGCGACGCGUGCGCAGUGUUAUGCCACCAGCAGCACCACAACCACACGGCGGCGAUGGUGUCAUCUACCAAUCGCUGUGCCCCACGAACCGAGUCACUGUUAAGUUGGACAAUGGCGAAUAUCGGCCCAAUCACUAUGUGGAGGUCACCUGUGCCAAUAACUAUGCCCCAUUGCCAGCCAGGAUGCACAACUAUGACUUCAACUAUCGCAGCAAUGAGCUGCCUCUGCUGCGUGCCCUUCUCAACGAACGGGUCGGUGAGAAGCGUGAGAUCUGUUCGGCAACUGGGUUCUCGUGCAUUCAGCUUAAUCGCACCAUACACCUGAUACGCUUGAACGAAGGCAGCGGCUGCUGGGAAUCGGAGACGCGUACAGUGCCUUCGGGCUGUGAGUGUAUGUGGCCGAAGCACAGCUAUGGCGACAUUGCCUCAUAUCAUCAGGCACAGAAGCGUUUUAAGACGACAUUGACCAAUCUGCAGGGACACGGCGGUGCCAUUGGCAACAUCGAUUAUAAGCCAGGUGUGGGUUAUCGCCAACUAGCGCUGCGCUCCCGUGCCCCCAAAGUUGCACAUGGCAUCGGAGGUGGUGUUAGAGUUGGAAGUGGAGCUGGAGGUACACGCAGUCGGCGUGCGGAUGCUGACUAUGAUAUCUAUGAAUUGAAUUGAAUUGAAUUGCAUUUGUUUAACGCGCAAAUUCGGACCAAGUGCCAAGCACAAUGGGUAGCACAUCAAAUUUGGAUUAUUUAGCAACUAAGUUGAAGGCGGUAAUUUAUUUUUCUUGCUGUGGUUUUAGCCGUAAUACACUCUUUUUGUAUGUUCAAAUAAUUGUAAAAAUCAAAAAUGUAUAAUUAAGACAAAUUAAAUACAAUGGAGCAACCAA